AUGCUCCCGCUAUUGUCCCUCGCGGUGCUGUGCAUCGGUGCGGCUGUGCCUCGGCAGGUGAACGGUCCGUGCCAGCCCAACCCAUGCCACCAUGGGGGUGUGUGUGAGGCCACUAAUGCCCAACGAGGUGAUGCCUUCCUGGGGUACCACUGUCACUGCUCCCCUGGCUACUCUGGAGCCCACUGCCAACACAAUGUGAAUGAGUGUGAGAGUGGGCCGUGCAGGAACGGAGGUGUGUGUACAGACCGGGAGGCCAACUACACGUGUGUGUGUCCUGGAGAAUACACAGGCAGGAACUGCCAGCACAAGUGUUCAGGUCCUCUGGGCAUGGAGGGUGGUAUCAUCACCAAGGGGCAGCUGUCCUCCUCCUCUGCUCAGCAGGGCAUGUUUGGUCUGCAGGACUGGAGCCCUGACCUGGCCCGGCUCCACCGCAGGGGCAUGGUUAAUGCCUGGAGCCCUGCAGUCAGCGACCGCUGGCCCUGGAUACAGGUGAACCUGCAGCAGCAGAUGCGUGUGACGGGGCUGAUUACCCAAGGUGCUCGGCGGCUGGGCAGCUCAGAGUAUGUGAAGUUCUAUAAGAUCGCCCACAGCGAUGACGCUAGGACCUGGAGCAUGGUGAAAGCCAGAGGAGACACACAGGACAUGAUAUUCCACGGUAACUCAGACAGCAGUUCUCUCAUGGCCAACGCCUUCUCUUCACCAAUUGAAGCACAGUACAUACGGGUUUACCCUCAAGUCUGCAGGGGCCACUGUAUGCUGCGCAUGGAGCUGAUGGGCUGCGAGCUCACAGGUUGUUCAGAGCCUCUGGGUCUAAAGGGGGGUGAGGUGCAGGACUCCCAGCUGACCUCGUCCUCUGUGUACCGGACCCUGGGCAUGGGUCUGCUGGCCUGGACCCCGAACAGAGCCAGACUGGACAACCAGGCCAAGGUCAACGCAUGGACCGCAGCCACCAAUGACCAAAACCAGUGGAUACAGGUAGACCUGUUGGUUCCUACUAAGGUAACAGGUGUAGUGACUCAGGGAGCUAAGGACUUUGGCCGUGUCCAGUUUGUGCGCUCCUACAAACUAGCCUACAGCAACGAUGGACUGAGGUGGACGACAUACCAGGACGAAACACAACACAAGGACAAGGUGUUCCAGGGGAACGUUGAAAAUGACACUCACAGGAAGAAUUCCGUCCAGCCGCCCAUAUAUGGUCGUUUCCUCCGCCUCAUCCCCUGGUCCUGGUACGGACGCAUCACACUGAGGAUGGAGCUACUGGGCUGCACAGAGGACGACUGA